CAAUGGCGACCACUCUCCACUCCUUUUUCCUACUCAGAAUCAUUAUAACCUUCUAUUUCUCUACCCCAUCUACUGCGUACCCUUUCCCAUCCUCCCGACAGAGCACCACCGACACUCCACGAUCUUCACUCCGCAUGGCCCUAGUCCGCCGAUGGGACCCGGAGACGGCCGCACUCGCCUGCGGUGCCGUUACCCUUGCUCUUAUCGUGAUCUGGACUAUUUGCGUGUUUGUAUGGCUUGGAUUGAAGCUGAAGAAGUUCUGCACGGAGAGAAAGAGCGAGACUGGCGUAAGUGAGACGAGGGAAGAGUUGAGAGCCGGUCCAGCUCGGUACCAGGAGAACUAUGGAGGGGAGAGUCCGUACGAUGUCGAGCAUGGGAGGAAUGUCUUCUUGUGAUAGAGGUAUAUUGUUUGAGAGUGGGGGAAUUGUCUGGUGGUGGAGGAUGGUGCUUGUGUAUGCGAAGUUCGUCUGCAGCCUCACCCCACGUCAGUCCGAGGCCCCGCAGUUUUCUUAUCCAGCGCAUCGUUAUAGCAAGGUACAUAGGAUCGAUUUUUAUUGAAUUUCCAUACUCGCUUCCUCCAUCCUUCGUAUAUUGCUCGUU